AUGCCUGCUCCUGGUCCCAGUAACCCAAGAAGAAUAGCUUCUCCUUCAGGAGAUUUACAAUCUCACAGCCCUGAAGAUCAAGAUCCUGAUCCGAGAGAGGAAGAUAAUGACGACCACCCGGAGAUUAGCGACGAAGACGAGGAGAGCGACGAAGAUAUUGACAGCGAGGAUGAAUUGGACAGUGGCGACGAGUCGGACUACUCGCCCACUACUGAUGACACUAUCGAGGAGGAUGAGCGACCUAGCGGCCAAGUGAUUCGUCUAGUCAAAUCAUCUCCGGCCAUCGCUGACCUCGUCUUCCAGCUCAGCGUGUCCUGGUGCACACAGCCGUUUACCAAUGGAAAGGCUGACUCGACCAUCCUCGGGUUUAUCAGUGGUGUCUUUGGAUUUACCUCAGAGGGGAGGGGAUAUCAACGACCGCGCGCGUACACCCCUACUCUCUCCGCGUUGAUACAUCUCCAGCUCCUGAUAUUCCUCGAGUAUGCGCGACCGGUUCAAGACUCUCUAUCACCUAGGAUUUCUGUUCGACCGCCACAGGAGCGGCACACCUCACUCCAGCACAUCCGCCGUCGAUAUACUUGUCUUGGCUGCCUGACCCCUAUCGCGGAGUUCUACAGUCUCCGUCAGUAUGGCCGGCGGCUGGCCAGCUCAGAUGGACCGGCAUUUUUUGUCCGUUGGAGUGAUGACGGGCAGACCUUGUUCUUCACCGAGUACCAACUAUCUCUCACAUCUUUUCGCGAAUUGACACAUCAUUUGCUGGAACAGGCCUUGGUGCUGGGUGGUACAUUGAUGGGCGGGUGGUCUCCUCCGUGCGACCUCCAGGCCAUUCGAGAUCUCGUCUCCCAAUCUGCCCCUGGAUACUCGUUUGUUAACGAUCCACGAAAUGGGCUUCGGACCGCCUAUCUCCAGCUUUCCUCGCGUUUGUGUGAACAGGGCCCCGCACCACUGAUUGAGUGUGACCAGUGGGUGAAGCAUCGUGUCUGGCAAUACCUCCGAGAGCACGAGAACUUUUUGGCCGUCCUGCUCCAAGUCUUUUUUCUAUGCAGUGGUCAGGUGCCCCGCGUCAAGACACUCCUAUCACUCGAGGCGCGGAACGGGCCAGCCAGCGCUCGCGGAAUCUAUGUCUAUGGCGGUGCCAUCACGUACAUUACACAUUCUCACAAGGCACAACGUUCGACCGGCCAGGAAUUUCACGUCGCACACUUCCUACCGCCGUUGGUUGGUCGCCUCGUGUAUUACUACAUGGUAUUCAUCCGUCCAUUCGUGGAUCUAUUACUACGGCAAUACCUCCAUGUCACAACCACCAGUUACAUAUUCGCCUCUAACCCAUUCACUGCUCAACAACAAGUCCCUCGGCUCUGGGAAACCGGUGACCUAACUCGUUGGCUACGUCGAAGUAGUCAAUCGUGUAUUGGCGUUCCCCUCGCGACCCAAGUGUCCCGUCAGGUCACCGUCGCCAUCAGUGAAAAACAUCUUCGGGGCCUAAUGGUCCCCACGGAUGUCUACCGUGACAUGGGUCCGGGCAGCCAGAAGAUGCCACGGUGCACAAGGAAACCUCUACAGGAGAUGACGGAAGAACCGAACAGGGUGUCGAGUCCCUAG